CUUCAUUUUGACAGAGGAAGACCAAUUUGAGAGCACAAAGCAACGGUUUACAGACACACACUAUUAAUUUACUGGAACAGUGUCAAGAGUACACAGUGAAGUGCAGAUAAUCUGUCAGCACAAAUACACCGUUGUCUAGUGUGUGUUGUUGUGUAGCCCCCAGAAGAGAGAUAAUGUGCGAGUGGGGUUGGUAGGGUCUUUCUGUCACACCAAUACUGUAAAAAUGGAAGAAGAUCAAGGGUCAAACAAGGAUACCCCUCAAGACACAGAUGUGAAGAAAGUGCAACGCAAGUCUGAAACUAAGCGAUACAGUGAGAUCUUCAGGGAGUUUGACAAUUUGGAAUUAACUUUAAUCUGUUCUCCAGGGGAGGAUCUGCUGGCGGAUAAUGACUCACAAUCUGCAGGAAGUGCAGAGCUCCCAGAGCAAAAUGAUGAAUCUAGUGAAGAAUCAUCAUGUCCACAGAUUCGCACUGAUGCCAUUGAAGCAGAUGGAAACACAUCAGCCCAGGAAGCAGACCUGGCCCUCUGUCGCUGUGAGGAUGGAGUGGAGACUGCGCUUCAGUAUGCCAAGAUGUGGUGCCGCUAUGCAAAAGACCUUCUGGCCUGGAUGGAGAAAAGGAUAUGCUUGGAACAAGAAUUUGCAAAAAAUGUCAUAAAAGCAGCUGAAGGAGCAAAAGCCAAUGUGGCACAGCAGGACAUGAUGCCUCUGCAGUACAUCUACACCAUGGCCCUAGAGCAAGACAUCAAGAACAGUUUGACCUCCAAGAAAACUUCAGAAACGCUACAAAAUCGCUGUUACCAAGCUUUGGCUGCCAAGAGAAAUGAGAUUGACAAGUGGCGCCGAGAGUUUAAGGAGCAGUGGGCAAGAGAACAGAGAAGGAUGAAUGAUGCGGUAACAGCUCUUAAAAAGGCUCGGCAGCAGUAUUACCAGCGCUGUGAUGAGCUAGAAAAAGCUAAAGCUAUCACUGCUAAAGCUGUGGAUGAUACAGCAGGCACCAAAACACUGGAUAAGAGGAGGAAAUCCAAGGAUGAAGCUCAGACUAAGGUGACAGAGGCAGAGCUUCUGUACAGACAGUGUGUAUACGAGGCCAAGCUCCACCAGGAUGAGUUAGUGAAGGUCAAAGAGAGAAUUAUUUCUCACAUUCGCAAGCUCAUCUGUCAGGGGGACACUGUGCUUAAGGAGACCACAGUCAACAUGUUUUACUUCCAGCGGCAGCAGACAGAGCCAGUCCCCCUCGGCUACCACAACCUGGAGCUGACAUGUCGGUCCCUGGAGCCUGGGGAACCCUAUCUGCUCUACAUCCUCAGCAAACGUCGCCUAGAGCAGCCUCUCCAAACCUUCGUCUUCCAGGAGUAUGUCUGUCAAGCCAAAGGGAACAAACGAAAAACCAGCAACACUCCCAGCAACAUGCAUGACUCUUUACCUCUGACAGAUGAGAGCCCAUGUCGACGUCCCACUGACGGCAAGAAUAAAACAGGAUAUAGUGACAAUGACAGCAUAGGAGGCAGCUUGGAAUCUCUGUCGAGUCCUGCUGAAGCUCACACUAACAGGAGGCUGCCCAAAAGUUCAUCCACUUUAACCGUGUCUUCAGAUGAUCUGGAUGACCGGGACAUGGCAUCAGAAUCAGAAUACAUUGAUGGCCAGCCAUGCAAACCACGCUCCCUUUCACGGGCUGCACUCUCACACCGACUCCGGAAGAUGAAGAGCAAGAUGGUCCGAUGCAAGCAGUGUGACAAUUACAUUGUUGUUAACGGGGUUGAGUGUGAAGAGUGUGGCCUGGCAUUGCAUCGUAAGUGUAUGGAAGUGUGUCAGCUAGAAUGUGAACACGGGAGGGGCACUGUGUUUGGAGUCGACCUGUCUAUGAUGCCACGUGACAGGCUGGAUGAAGUGCCCUUUGUGGUUCUACUCUGUACAUCUGAGAUUGAGAGUCGUGCUCUUUCAGUCCAGGGGGUGUAUCGAGUCAGCGGGUCCAAACCUCGUGUUCAGAAGCUCUGCCAGGCCUUUGAGAUGCAAAAGGAGCAGGUGGACCUCUCUGACCUCUCACCACAUGACAUCACAUCUAUCCUUAAGCACUUCUUUAAAGAGCUUCCUGAACCCUUACUAACGUUCGACCUGUACAAUGAUUUCAUCGCCGUGGGAAAAACCAUCCAACACCUGAGCGAAAGGGAGUCCUUACCAGACACUAAUGAGAUUAUGGAUGUUGUUCAUAACCUACAAAAGCUUCUACAGAAACUCCCUCCAUAUUGCUACAGUACUUUGCAACACAUGAUGUGUCAUUUGCAAAAAGUUUCAGAGAACUGCGAGAACAAGAUGUCCCCCAGCAAUUUGGGUAUUGUGUUUGGGCCAACACUAUUGCGCCCUCUAGUGUCUACAGAUAUGUCAAUGCUGGCCCUGUUGGAGACCAGCUACCAGGCUGUACUCAUUGAGUUCCUCAUCACACACAAUGACAAGAUUUUUGGCCUUCGGGGAAGACCCAGUACGCCUCCUCCUCCAGUCCCCACUGCACCCCUUCCAGAUACCCCUCCCAGACCGACCUGUACCGUGGAGGAAGAAUUGUACCCCUGCCCAGAGCUUGAAGCCCCAUCAAGAGACCGCCCACACUCACUAGAGAAUCGAACAAUCAAGAGAGAUUCAAGCGAGGGUUAUAUAUCUGACAAGUCUUCAUCCAAUGAGGCAGUGGACCAACUCAGCCCUGAAGUCAGUGACAGAGCAGUCCUGGCUAUGAGAGGUGCAUCUAACGACCCUCAGGGUGAACCAGACUCUGGGGAUCCAGAAUCUGUGUUGGGGACACAGAAGCCACACUAUCGUUUCCACAGACAGCCUGUGAAGUACCACCGGCAUCACCACCCAGGACCCCGACCCUCCAGCACAGGUCGUGCAGCCAAACAGCCUCCAUCCACCACAAGGAGUCACCCAGGAAGUGCAGACAGCAGCCGAAGCUCAUCUCCAGAACCGGGAGCACGGAGACUCUCCCAGAACUUUAAUACAUCAUGUGAGAACACCUGCUUUCCACACCAGGCCAAUAUUGCAGCAGGAAAUAAAGAGGAAGCCCCGCUAAGCCCCCGUGAUGUUGCGCAGGAGCCAUCACAGGAGCCAUCACAGGAGACAGCGUCUGGGUGUGAAACGGAUCUGAUCAUAAGGCAGUCCAAUAACAGACAGAGUCGAGUUCUGUGUCAUUCACCAAAGUCACUUCCUUUUGAGCACACCCUGACCUCCCCAGCCCAGAAGAUACUGUCUGGCCUGAAGCUGAGACGCAGUCACUCAGGGAAAGACGAGCAGCUGUUUGUCUGAGGGAACAUAGAAACAUCCCAACAGUUCACUGAAGUAGAUUAACUCCCAUUCAAGGAAGAAAAACAAAACAUUAUUGAUGAUGUAUGUAGACCACUACUAGUAUUUUGUUUUUAUUCAUGCAUAAAAGACCUUUAUUUUGUAUGAAAAAAUGUCUUACCUGUAACACAAAAUGUAAAUGUAUUUUUAAAAAAAAAUAGCCAAACUUAUAUUCAAAUUAAUCUUUGACGAAACACAGUUGAAAAGUUCAAGCCUUGUGCUUAUGGGGAUGUCGCAGCCUUAAUAGCCUAGCGCUAAUCCUCUUUAAGAGUUUGAUCUGUUGUCCAUCCGGCUGUCUCAUACCCACAGAAGACAAAGACAGGUUUAUGUAUACCUUUUUAAUAUUUGUGUAAUAUUUGAAAGAAACAAGUAGGUGGACAGAGAUGCAACGUAGCCUAAAAGUUACAUGUUUUUACUGUUUUUUUUUUUGUCUAAAACAAACUGUAAUUAAAUGCCAUCAGGUAUUGUAUUUUAAUAAUGAAUGUUGUUUUCUAUUUUUUGUGUAUUCUAAAAAGUUUUAUAGGCUCCCUUUGUCCAUUUUCUGGAACAUAAAUAGGAAUAAUCAGCCUUUGGUGGCACUUU